UCCACCGCGCUGCAUAUUUUGUUUGUUUUGUUCUUCACUCAUUCUCUUUUGAUCUUCUUGGUUUCUGUGUUUGGCGUUGUACGGAAAUACUUUCUCCAUAGCAAUGCCCGAAACGACUGAGGAAUCCGAACUUCACAAUGGACACCAACCACAAGCAGAACCGGAACCGGAAUCAAAAGCGGAAUCUCAACCCGAAUCGAAAACGGAGCCUGGACCGGAAAACAAACCGGAGGAGGCACUGAAGCUGGAACCUGUUGUAACCGGUGCGGAUCCGAACACGAAGGAGGAGGACAAAGAGAGCUCGAUCCAAUCCAAUGACGCGGCCACGCCGUCAUCCACUGACCAAAAUGCUCGGCCGCAGCUGCGAAAAGAUGAAGGGAAUCGGACUUUCACGAUGAGAGAGUUGCUAACUGAAUUUAAAAGUGACGAAGAGGAAGUAGGCUCUCCUUACAGUCGAGAAAGCACGCAGAGACAAUCCAACCAAAACAGUGCUGCAAUGGAGUUGGUCAGUAGUGUCACCGGUGCUGAUGAGGAGGGCCAGUCUCGCCAACGGGUUCUUGUGUAUGCUGCCAAGAGGUAUGCUGCUGCUCUAGAGAAAAACCCAGAAGAUUAUGAUGCUCUUUAUAACUGGGCAUUGGUUCUUCAGGAAAGUGCUGAUAAUGUUAGUCCAGAUUCUACUUCACCUUCUAAAGAUGACUUGCUAGAGGAGGCUUGUAAAAAGUAUGACGACGCAACUCGUCUUUGCCCGACACUUCAUGAUGCUUUCUACAACUGGGCAAUAGCAAUAUCUGAUCGAGCGAAAAUGCGUGGUCGGACUAAGGAGGCUGAAGAACUAUGGGAGCAGGCUACAAAAAACUAUGAAAAAGCUGUCCAACUCAACUGGAAUAGCCCUCAGGCGCUAAACAAUUGGGGGCUUGCACUUCAGGAACUCAGUGCAAUUGUUUCUGCACGAGAGAAGCAAAAAAUUGUGAAGACUGCAAUUAGUAAGUUUCGUGAAGCAAUACGAUUGCAAUUUGAUUUCCAUCGAGCAAUAUACAACCUUGGAACUGUCUUGUAUGCACUAGCUGAGGAUUCAGUACAAACUGGUACUACAAAUCCUAAAGAAAUGUCCUCCAAUGAGCUGUAUAGCCAGUCUGCUAUAUACAUUGCAGCUGCACAUGCAUUGAAACCAAAUUAUUCUGUUUACAGCAGUGCCUUGAAGCUUGUUCAUUCAAUGCUACCUUUACCCCAUCUUAAAGAUGGGUAUCUGACUGCACCACCAUUAGGAAACACAUUUCCACCUCAUAGUGAUUGGAAGAGAACAGAGUUCUUUCUGAAUCAAGAAGCACUUCAACAGGUCAUCAAAGUUGAGCAGAAACAAGUUUCCCGAAGCCUCUCUGGAAGAAUCGUGGAUGCAGGAAAUACGGACAAAAAGGCUAUCAGAGUUGAUAUUCCAGACAUCAUUUCUGUAUCAGCCUCUGCUGAUCUAACUUUACCUCCAGGUGCUGGCCUCUGCAUUAAUACCACUUCCGGUCAAGUUUUCUUGGUUGCUGAUUCGUGGGAAUCCCUAGAUGGGUGGCUUGACGCUCUCCGCUUAGUUUACACAAUUUAUGCACGAGGAAAAACUGAUGUUCUAGCGGGUAUCAUCGCCACCUAACCAUUUCUUAUAUGUUGAGCUUGCAUUCUUUCUUUUUUCUCAUUUGCAUUUGUUUUCAAAUUUGGUUGGAUAUAAUUCGACUCUUAUGUUAUCAAAAUUUUUGGAACACUAAUCAAAUUAUUCAUUAGGUA